UUAGCUUUCGCUUCCUCAAAGAUGAAAGGCAAGCGUUUCCGUGAACGGUGCUCUGCGUGCUAGUGAGGUAAACCCAUCUUCAACACCGCUACUCAAAACAAAACAAACAGAACUGGCCAUUUCAGAGGCGUGAUCUACAUUUAUGCAGUUUUAAGAACCUGAUUAGGCCAUCCAGAAAAUCAGGUUAAACAACCCAACUCCACGCACAACUGACAUAACUUUGAAAUUAAAUCACCAGCUCCGAAUCCAGCCCUACGAUACAGACUGAAAGGGUUAAGUCAUGUGCCCCUUACUAGAUGGAGGUAGGUUUCAGUCUGAAGGAACUGCCAUCUCAUUCUUAAGAGCCUAACCAUCAGUGAGGGUAAACUAUGGGCAAGAAUAAAAGGAAGUCCUCAAAAUCAAAGUCAGAAAAGCCAAAUGUCUCUUCUGGUACCAGAACAACUGAGAAAGCCUCAGAAAUCAUCAGUGCCCUUUUUAAGCACUCAAGCCCAGAUUUCCAGUGGGAGUCGCUGUUUGACCAAGAACACACUCAGGAGGAACUGGAAGAAAUGUUGACUACCAAACCUCAUGAGUUCAAACGCUGUAAACUUAAAAUGGAGAGACAUGAUCUGGCAUAUGCUAAACCUCUCAAUGAUCCAACCUCUGUCAUUCGCAUCAGCGGAACUGAUCAUGUGGGCAGAUCUUUUCCUGGUGAUGAGGUUUGUGUUCAGAUCUUGAACAGAGAACUUCAGCCAAAUCCAGGUGAAUCAUUGAAAGGGAAGGUAGUAGGAUUGAUGCACAGAUCUGAAGAAUGUUGUACCGUUAUCUGUAGGAUGGAAGGACGUAAAAAACUAGUUACACCUGUCAAGAACAACAUGACCACUAUAUGCAUCCUUCAGAAAGAGCCAGACAAAAUAGAAAUACGAAAGCGCAAUCCCCAGAGCGAAUACUGGUUCACUGAGAAAUGUAUAGACAUAGUGGAGGAUCAGCUGUUAGUUGUCAAGGUGCUGAAAUGGGAAAAGAAUCGUAGGUAUCCUCUUGGAGCGGUUACAAAAGUUAUCUCACAGGAAGAGUAUUUUAAUGCAUUGCUGGAACUAGAAUGUGGCAUUAAAGGCCCUCCUCCUUCUUUCCAACCAAGAUGUGACCAAAAGGAAUCUGAAAAAAGACAGGAUUUCCGCAAUGACCGAACUUUUACCAUAGAUUCCAGUAAAGCACAUGAUUUGGAUGAUGCCUUUAGUCUGACUGACAAGGGAGAACAAUAUAUGCUUGCUAUACACAUUACUGAUGUAGCAAGUUAUAUCAGGAAAGGCAGUGAGGAGGAUACAUUUGCAAAGGACCAAGGUAGGACAUUUUACCAUCCAGCUGAUGUAAAUGAAGCAGAAACAGCUUUUAUGUUUUCCAGAGAAGCAAGCUCUAAAUACUUAAGCUUACUCCCGGGUGAGGACCGAAAUGUCAUAUCCUUGGUACUUAUGAUUAACAAGGCCACCAGCAUGAUAGAGUCCAGCUCCUUUACUCUUUCUCUCAUCAAGUCUGACGCACGGCUAUCAUAUGAAGAGGCAGACGAGAUAAUAGAAGAGCGUCGUUUGGAUGAUAACGAGGCGCCUUUUAAUUUUUCCAGUGUAGAAGACUGUGUUGCUGUGGCCUAUUGCUUUACCAAGGUGCUUAGAAAAUUCAGGCUGGAGGGGAGCUGGAGCAGUGGACAGAGAAAAGGAGACAGUAGGGCCCACUGCAUGGUGGAAGAGCUAAUGAAUUUCUACAACAAUGCAGUGGCUGAAGAACUCAUCUCCAACGACCUAACAAGAGAUCUCACCCCGCUAAGAUGCCACUUCAAGCCAGACCGCGAAGUGCUUGAUCCGUUUAAAAUGAAAUACUCUGAGAAACUGCCCUUCUCUCCUUAUCUCUCUCAGAUCUGUGAAGUUGCAGGGGCAGGAUUUAAAGAAACCAGAGCCAGAGAGUCAUCCAUUUGUGUUUUGAAACCUGUGUUCCAGCAAAUGGAGGUCUUCACAAAGGACAGAGAUUACCACAAGCUGGUUCAUCUUAUUAUAUCAGAUGAAAUCCAUCCUACACUAUAUCGCAUGGCAAAGGAAUUCACGGAAAUUCAAAAUAAAUCUCUCAUCCUGAGGUCAUGCUCCAACUUGUCCUCAAAAUUAGGACAUUAUGACUUGCAACUCAAUGCAUACACAUGGGCCACAUCCCCUAUGAGACGCUAUCUAGACCUGAUUCUUCAGAGGCUUCUCCACAGAAUAAUCUCUGGAAAGCACCAAUUAGACAUGGAAUACACAAAGGCUGAAAUCGAUCAGUUCUGUACUGAUUGGGACUCUAGUGAGGACUUUGACUUGGAGUCGUUAAGAUUCAUCAAUGCCACUAAACCCAGUUGUACAGACAUGACCAAACUGGCAGUCGUGGCCCAGCUUGCUCCAAAAAAACAUGAAUUUACUGUCUCAAUUCCUCUUGACAGAGUGCCAGGGCUGAUGAUCAAGUACAGAAACCUAAAAGUAGUCGAGCAGCCAGAGUACAACCAUCAAGACGAGUCCUGCACUCUCAAGUGGAGGAGAAGAGUGUAUUCAUUUAGUGAAGUGGAGAAGAUACAUCCACCGUCAGAGAUCAAUGGAAACGUAAUCCCAAUCUCAGUUCAAAUCUGGACCAAAAUUAUAUCUGCAGUUAAAGUUAAAGACUGGGAUACGGUCAGUGAGUGCCUUCAAGGUGUAAAAAAAUAUGAUCGAAAAUCUCCGGUAAAUUCAAAAGCUUAUGUAAAUGAGGAUUUUAAAGAGUGGAACAUGGAACUCAAGUUAGAUGAAGUGCUACAAGUGCAGCUUGGCACAGAAGUGAUCAAUGGGGCACGAAUGCCUGCAGUAAAUAUCCUCACUGUCGAUGCAUGCUUUGAGGUCUGUUUGGAGCAUGCAAGAAACCCAAUCAAUUGUUUCAUUGCAAACACAGAAUGCCAUGCAUCAAAAACAAAAUACUGGAAUUGUAAGGAGUACCAGGAGAUCUGGGGAAAACUCUGUGAAAUGGACACCGCUUACAAUGCUGUGGAAGAAAAUAAUAGUGUGAUUCUUGAAGACGUGAGCAUAAAAUGGACGGGAGCCACAGAGACGUCUCUCAGAGGUUUCUUUAAAAUGACACAAACACAGAAAGAACAGUGGUCUCUGGAAUUUGAUCUAACGAACUGUUACCUGUGCAUCAGACUGAGGGAUCAAUGUGCUGAGAAAGAGGAAGAGACAGACGCAACACAGAGCAAUGGCUCUGGUCUUUCCGAUCUGCAGAACGCUCUGCCCUUUACAUGGGUUGCUCAUGGUGUACCUAUCAAAUCUCAAACACGACAGCGAGGAAAGGAAAAGAAGACGAACACAAAAUCACAAUGCAUCCAAAUAAAUUUUCAAAUAAACCUCCACAAUAUGGCAAAUGUCCCAGCUGAUCUCCAACACGGGGAAACAAAGUUCACUGUAGAAGUCAUUCCCAAGAAAAUUCCAUACGUGCAAUAUGAACAUGCUAUCGAAAACCUCAAAAAAGCCAAUGACCUGGUGAAGAGCAUUGCAACCGGCUCCGUUUUCAAGGAGUCCAGUGAACCUACAGAGCUACCUUCAGUGGAUGACUACAUGGAUGACAAUCUGGACCUGCAACUGUUGAAUGAAAGUCAGGAAAGGGCUGUGCAGGAGGCUUUGAAAAAUCCUUUUACUUUGAUCCAAGGACCACCAGGUACUGGGAAAACUGUGGUUGGGGUUCAUAUUACAUAUCAAUUCUACUUGAAGAACAAAGCUCUUGAAGCAGAAUGUCCAAAACAGCCACCAAGACAAGUCCAAGAUGGAUCUCUAAAUGAGAAAAUACCAAAGAAGCGCGGCAUCCUGUACUGCGGUCCAUCCAACAAGUCUGUGGAUAUUGUGGCAGAGCAGUUGUUGAAGCUAAGAGGAGUCCUUAAGCCUCUUCGGAUCUACUGUGAUCAGAUGGAAAUGCGGGAGUACCCAUAUCCUAGAAGUGAACUAAAGCUCUGUCGCAGAUCCCUCCGUGAUGAGAAGCCAAAGGAUGUGCUAAGAGACAUCUCUCUGAUGGACUUGGUGCGACGACCAGAGAACCCCCACUCAAAGAAGAUAAAAGAGUUUGAAGAUGGCACUGUGGAAUUUGAUGCUAAAAGUUACAGGACAGUGUUGAAGAAGGCUCAGGAGCAUGAACUCCUGAAGCAUGAUGUAAUCUUGUGCACCUGCUCAACUGCUCUAAAACCGGUCCUAAUGGAGACCAUGGACUUCCGACAGAUCCUAAUUGAUGAGUGUGCCAUGGCCACAGAACCAGAAGCCUUCAUUCCAUUAGUCUCACAUAAGCCCGAGCAGAUUGUGCUUUUGGGUGACCACAAACAGAUUCGGCCAAUUGUGACAUGUGCCCGUGUGAAGGAGCUUGGCAUGGAGAAGUCCCUCUUUGAACGAUAUAUGGCCAAGGCAUUGAUGCUGGACACACAGUAUAGAAUGCACCAGAGUAUCUGUGAGUUCCCUUCACAAGAAUUUUAUGGAGGUAAACUGAUUACUGGAACUAAGCAAAGAACCUGCCUUCUGCUUAACAAAAAUAACAGCCCAACUGCAAUCGUAUUCGGUCAUGUUGAAGGAGAAGAGAUCAGCUUAGCAGUUUCCACAGCAGCUGGAAAUGAACAUUCAGUAGCCAACGAACUGGAGGCCAAGCAAGCGGUUCGGAUCGCACAUCUGCUAAUCAGUAAGUCUCGUGUGAAGCCAGAGGAUGUUGUCAUUCUGACCCCCUACAAUGCACAGAUGUCUAAAAUCAAGAUGAUGUUGGCAGAGAAGAAAAAUCAGGCCAUUCAGGAUGUCAGUGUUUGUACAAUUAUGAAGAGUCAAGGGAGUGAGUGGCGUUAUGUGAUAAUCUCUACAGUUCGUUCCUGUACACUUUCUGAGAUAGAAAACGAGCCGUACACCAGCAAAGGGUGGCUGGGGAAGAAACUUGGCUUCAUCACAGAUCCAAACCAGGUCAACGUCGCCAUCACGCGCGCCCAGGACGGACUCUGCAUUCUGGGUAAUCGUCACUUAUUGAAGUGCAGCGAGCUGUGGAAAAGACUGCUGUCUCACUACCAGGAAAAAAACUGUGUGCUGGACGCGGAAGACAUUAGAGUCAGACGUUCUUGACACGUUUCUACUAUUGUACUAAGCUGAUUUUGACGAAAUGUGAAAAGUAUAAUAAUAAUAAUAAUAAUAUAAUGUGAAAAGUAUAAAUAGCAGAAUAAAUACAUUUUAAAAUA